AGUCAUUCUAGCUUCGGCAAUAUCUACAACAUACUCGCUGGUCUAUGCACCUCCAUGUGUUGUUGGAUUACGCAAAUUAUUAUAAUUACGUGUUAAUUAUUUUUUCCAAAGGAUUUGAUAUCUGAAUUAAAUAGUUAUAGUUUAAACUGUAUAUUAAACUAUUGUCAUCAACAAACUCUUCGGUCGAUUGGCAACCCAAUCAUGUUUUCUCAUGCUUUAUUACGAUCUGCUAAACGAUUAAUGGAGGAAUAUUUGGAAGCUCAGUGACAGACUGACAGUGAAGGAUGUUCAGAAAUGGCUUGUGGUCUUGGAUAAUUGUGAAGAUGUGAAGAUAGUUCCAGAAUUAGGGUAAGAUUAAGUACGCAAAAGAACCUGUAACGAAGGAAUCCGAUUGAGCAGAUAUUCCCCAAUUUUCCAUAUCUAUCUAUCCAUAAACCAUAGCAACCAAAACCGUUCUUCUUCUUCUCUCCUAUCUCGGAAUCGCAUCUUUUCCUUCCAAUGGAGAACACAACGUGGACGCAGAGACUUCACGCCCUAACUCACAUCCUCACGAGCCCCACGGCCACACCGACCCUACACUCUCAAUUCUUCCUCUCCGGCCAAAUUCCAUGUUACCUGAAUUGGGAUUACCCUCCAAUUCUUUGCCCUAAACCCUCGAUCCUUACCAGAUGGAGUCUCUCUCUUUUCCUUCGAAGGAUCUUUAGAUUGGGGCCUCCGAAGACCUCGUGGCGGUGCAAGUGCCCGUUUCAGCAACCUCCUCCAUUGGUGCUGGCCAAAGGAUUGGAGGAAGCGCAGUGGGGAGAGCAAGAGAGGCGGGAAUACGUCAGGAAGAGACUCGCCAGGAAGCGCCUUGUCAGAAAUGUUAACCCUGUGAUUCCGGUUCUGCUACCUAAUCUCUUCUUGCUGUCACUUCUUCUUUGGGAUCCAUUUCGUUCUUCAAAUUAACCACCAAUUUCUUCCUGAUACUAGAUUGAAUGCUCUGAGCAAAGUGAAAUAUGAGUUGUAUUCAUUAAUUAAUAGCGAUACAAUCUGUAUUCUUAAUUGAGUAGAGUAAUUCAUAUGUAGAUUAUGAAUGCUAGAAUUCAAAUUUUGCAAGUUUUAUUGGAAUUCACUGUCUGUGGUCUCACACAUGUAAUCAUAAAAUGCUGCGAAGCCGCAUUUAUAGCA